AUGGAGAUGAUAACUGAUAAGCAGAGAGAUGCGAGAUAUUUCUGGAACAAUACUCCUGAAAAAAGUGAUUAUGAGGCUGUAGAAGCUCUUAUUUCUAUGAGUUGCAACUGGAAAACAGACCUCAAAAAACAUGUGGAAAUGAGACCCAUAACUCCAGCAUCCGACAUGUCAGAGGAAAGCGAUGAGACGUUGCUUCCCGGAGCAGUGGACUUUAAUGCAAUACCAGCGUUUUGCCUGACGCCCCCCUACAGCCCUUCCGACUUGGAAAUGUCGCAGGUGAUCCAUCCUCUUGGCAAGUCGCUGGCCGAGGCUGCCAGGCCUCCUCUGGCCGCCCCUCCCCCUGGGGGGGGGGUGGAGCGGUCGGCGGCAGCCAGGCCUCUCAAGGCUCAAGCCACGAGUGUUAUCCGCCACACGGCUGAUGCGCAGCUCUGCGAUCACAAAACCUGCCCGGUGAGAGCAGCCAGCGUGCUGAAGCACCGGGACGGUGUUCAGAGGGAAGCAAACAGUAGACAGAAAGCCAAAGUAGAGCACUCGGUGUGUUCCACCACGGCACCGGGUGAUGAGAGUGGUGAACUGUCGGAGGCAGAAGGAAGAGCCACGGAACCAGCUGUUGGUCCAGUGCCCUUAACAAAGCCCUCUGUGACCCGGGAGCCUGUCCCUGAACUGGCCCAGCCGUUGGCGGCGGCGGCUCCGCCAUCCCCUGCCCAAGGCAGUGGAGCUCCCCCCGUGCCAGUGAUUUGCCAGAUGGUCCCGCUGCCCACAAACAACAGCGUUGUGACGGCCGUAGUGCCCAACGCCACGCCGAGCCAGCAGCCAGCUCUUUGUCAGCCCAUGGUCUUCAUGGGCACCCAGGUUCCCAAGGGUGCUGUCAUGUUUGUCGUGCCCCAGCCAGUGGUGCAGAGCACAAAGGCUCCCAUUAUUAGUCCGAAUGGCACGAGACUCUCUCCCAUUGCCCCUGCUCCCGGCUUUGUGCCUUCCGCAGCAAAAACCACUCCUCCGGCUGACUCUUCAAGGAUAAGAAGUCACAUUUGCAGCUAUCCAGGAUGUGGGAAAACGUACUUUAAGAGCUCCCAUUUGAAGGCUCACGUCAGAACACACACAGGAGAGAAGCCAUUCAGCUGCAGUUGGAAGGGCUGCGAGAGGAGGUUUGCACGGUCUGACGAACUGUCUCGCCACCGCAGAACGCACACGGGAGAGAAGAAGUUUGCCUGCCCGAUGUGUGAGCGGCGGUUCAUGCGCAGUGACCACCUGACGAAGCACGCGCGGCGCCACUUGUCCGCCAAGAAGUUGCCCAACUGGCAAAUGGAAGUGAGCAGGCUGAAUGACGUUGCCCUGCCGCCGGCAGCUGCGGCCGCCCAGUGA